CAAAUUCUUUGUGCCGUUGCUGGAAUGCGACAUCAAUAGUAUCUACGUCAUGGCCUUCUCCACAAUUAUCGCCUCUAAUGCUAUCACUAAGCUCUCUCUCUUCCCUGGCCGUUUGCUCUUGCAGAAGCCGGACAUAUUUAAAUCUCGCCGCGCCGCGACUCGCAAACUGGAAACCGGCUUCACCAAGAACCCCAGCCAUCGUCCUGACCACGCUUCAUCGCAAUACAAGCACAAUGUCAUCUGCUCCGGUAGACCUAAGGAGUACAUCGGCCAGUCUGGUUGUCAUUAUAUCAUCGAACGGGUGCUUCAGGAAGAAACAUUUCCCUUACGCCGGGUUUACUCUGCUACCGCCAACAACCAACGCUUCAUACUGAAGUAUGUUCACGAGGACAAUUUCAAAGAUCUUCAAGAUAUAAACAAUAGGCUACGCGGUGGCACUAACUAUGUCCGCCUCGUCAAAGACACCAUCCCCGAGAAAUCCACGUUCGUUUUCCAGUACUUCGACGAUCAUCUCCUCCGCCUCGCUCAGAAGGACUUGCCCAUCACGGUGACAAAACGGAUCCUGAAAGAUGCACUUCGUGGAAUCGCGGACCUCCAUGAUCAGGAUAUUGUCCACACGGAUAUUAAGGCGGACAAUGUUUUGAUCGACUCGAAAGAGGACCAGGAUGGAAUAAUUAUCGAGCGAGUCCAGCUUGCGGAUCUUGAGGAUGCCGCAUAUAUCCCUCCUGGAUCACAUAUGAUUGGAAAACAGGCAGGUAAUUGGAUGUGGAGGAGUCCCGAAGCACACGCCCGAGGACCGGUGAAUAAGCCGUCUGAUAUUUUCUCUUUCGCCCUUGUUUGCAUUUACGCAGUGCAUAAACGCGUUAUCUUUGCCGUUGGAGAAGAGGAGUUGAACGAAGGUGUGGAGCCCUUGGCCGUGGUAAUCGAACGCCAAAUCUCGUACUUUGCAGAUGAGGACGGACUGAGUCGGUUCCUGAAGCACCUUGGCGACAAUCCUUGGGUUCCCAUUUUUGAAGUAACUCGGGAUGGUUUCAACAAAGACAACCCGCGCAGACCAUUCUCCCUUUGGAAGGGCGUCGACGAAGAUUUUAAAAACCUUGUUUGUGCCAUGACGAACUUUGAUCCGGGGAAGAGAAUUACGGCACGCGAGGCGUUGGCACAUAAGUGGUUUGAAGGUGUUUGAGGUGGCUAGAGAAAGGAAAAUGUCUCUUGAAAUCAAUACCCCAAGAACAGCCCGCAGAAGGCGAGGGAAGCAGAAUGACGUGGCUUGGUUUAGUGUAUUCGAUAUAGCGCCUUCACCGCUGCAUUAGACGGCAAUAAAGUACUGUGU